UUCCCUAUGUCAUCCUACGUAGGCUAUAAUAUCAGUGGUGACUCAGGCAGAAGGGUACAGUUCAUGGUGCAGUAGAUAGUGCAGCACGAAGGGUGGGAAUCUAAAGGACAUUAUUAAAAGUUGGUAUACCUAGAACUUCUCAAAGACUUGGCUGUUUCUAAAAAGCUAGCAAAUGAUGGCUUCCCAAGAUUGGAUCGAUAUUUUCCUGGAAAAGGCGAUGGAACUCAACGAGGAAGAUGACUGGCAGAUUGAGUUCGAUGACUCCAUCAAGCCAGAUGGAAUGGAACCAGGCUGGCAGCAGUACAUAAAAAAUACAUUUGCAUGGUUUGAGUGCUCAAAGUGUAAGAGAAAGUGGCCCUCCGGCUGUGUGAUGGUUGUGUUCCACAUGAAGCUGUGGGAACAACAGCGAAAAGGAGUCGUGAAAGUACGUCGGCUCUGCCAGAACUGCAAGAAAUGCACUGCUGCUCCUAUGGAGAAGCCGACCUUCUCCCCAGACAACCUUGAGAUUCUGCUGGAGAAGCUGAUUGAGAAGAUCAGAUGGAAGUGCUACCAUGAGAGAACUGAUGAAGUCAACAAGUCUUUCAUGACGGACCCAGUGCGGUCGCCUCAUGAGCCUGCUCAUUGUGAAGGCUGCAUUUUGCGCAUCUGUACUAAGAAUGCGCCUGAACAAGCCAAUAAUUUUUAACCCUGAAAGACACAGUAUGCUUUGAAGUAUCAAAUAAGUGCCUGUAGUUCAGUAUAUUAACUAGUGAAUUUCAGGAACUCAUUUCAGCAACUAGUUUAUUGUUUUUAUUUUAUCAUUGCAUCCAAGAUAAUACAUAAGAACGUAUGGGAGUCAGGUGGCUGAGCAGUGAGGGAGUCGGGCUAGUAAUCUGAAGGUUACCGAUUCCCGGUUGUGCCAAAUGACGUUGUGUCCUUGGGCAAGGCAUUUCACCCUACUUGCCUCGGGGGGGAAUGUCCCUGUACUUACUGUAAGUCGCUCUGGAUAAGAGCGUCUGCUAAAUGACUAAAUGUAAAUGUAAAGAACUCUGGUAAAGUAGCAUGAUGAUAAGACAUUCAGCUAUGAUAUGUGGGGUCAUUGAGAUAAUAAACUAGGAAGUUGACUGACUGGCUUUUCAGUGGUGAAACAUGACCCAAAAUGCAUGUAUGGUUCAGAUUUGACCCUAAUACUGUAAUAGGUCUGUGGAUUUGACAGGCCCUAGUCAAAGAUGAUUGCCAUUUGUUUCCUACUACUUUUAGUAAUUAAAAUGAAUGAAUCUGACAUUUGUGAAAUGCUCUCUCUCUCUCUCUCUCUCUCUCUCUCUCUCUCUCUCUCUCUCUCUCUCUCUCUCUCUCUCUCUCUCUCUCUCUCUCUCUCUCUCUCUCUCUCUCUCUCUCUCUCUCUCUCUCUCUCUCUCUCUCUCUCUCUCUCUCUCUCUCUCAUCAUUAAAAAUGAUGCACGGCUAUUAAUGAGUAUUAUAUUAUUUUCAUCCCCAAACUACAGUGACUCUGAGUAAAGCAACUUUAGAA